AAUGCUGUGCUGCCGCAGGUAAAAUACUUUCCGCCUUAUUAUGCCUCGUCCUUCGCUGAACCUUUUGAAAGAAAAGAAAGAAGCUGAGCAACUGGCAGUGUGCGAUCGUAGUGAGAUCCGCAGAGACGCACAUAAUUUUCAUCCUUGCAUAAUUAUCUGUGGGGAAAUCCAUUCGGCAGCUAACUGCGAAAUCUGACUUGGAAAAAUUUCAUUUCGCAACCAUUUUUGCCUGAAGUGAAACAACGGUUGGGAAUUGAGUGACUUGGAAUCCAGUGCAUUGUCAUCUCACAUUUUAUUUGAACAUUCAGUUUGACUCUUCCAUUUCAUCCGACAUUGUUUUAGAGUUGAUAUCAUGAGCUUGAAUAAUAUUGAUGCGAGUACAGGUCUAAACAAGUGUAAUUAGUACGACAAAAGUGAAAAUGUCUUUAAUUUACAUUCUGCUUGGAAUCGCAUUGUUAUCUUUGAUGCAUCUAGUGGAUGCAGAGAUUUCGACAGAUUGGAACACUGGCGACGGCGGAUUCAAAUGGCGGACAAACUGUGACUUUCCAGGCGACGAUAUAGGACAAAUUCCACUAACGACUGCAACCAGAGAAGAGUGUGGUCGACUUUGUAUUUCCAACCCGCAAUGCAGCCAUUUUGUGUUUGGUUAUUUGGAGAAUUGUUACAUGAAGAAGGCGCCAUCAACGACAACUCGUCAAGAUAUCGAUUAUGAGAGUAUAGCCAUUUGUGGCUUCAUACCGUGGAGAUUGGGAUCUGAACCGGGGAAAGAUGACUGGGAAACUGUCAACAGCAGUGGUGUUGAAAACUGCGGUUUUUAUGGCAACAACAGUUUAAUUUUGACGACAGAGUGCCGACAAGCUCAAGAUUGCUCUUUUUGGUAUGAACAAGUUCGUCCCACUGAAGGAUCAUCAGCCUGUAAAUUAGUAGAUGGAAGUUCAGGAUCGUGUUGCCCACAACUCCCUAAAAGAGUGGGCGUCGAGAAUUUGACAGAUUGGAACACUGGCGACGGUGGAUUCAAAUGGCGGACCAACUGUGACUUUUACCAUGACGAUAUAGGGCAAUUGCCUCUUACGGCUGCUCUCGGAAAAGAGUGUGGUCGACUUUGUAUUGCUAACCCCCAAUGCAGCCAUUUUGCAUAUGGUUAUGGACAGAAUUGUUACAUGAAGAAGGCGCAAUCAAUGCCCCCUCGUCAAGACAUCGAUUAUGAGGGUAUAGCAAUUUGUGGUUUCAUUCCCUGGAGAUUUGGAUCUGAACCGGGGAAAGAUGACUGGAAAUCCAUCAGCAGCAGCGGUGUUCGUAACUGCAGUUUUUAUGGCAACAACAGUUUAAUUUUGACGACAGAGUGCCGACAGGCUCUAGAUUGCUCCUUUUGGUAUGAACAAGUUCGUCCCACUGAAGGAUCAUCAGCCUGUAAAUUAGUAGAUGGAAGUUCAGGAUCGUGUUGCCCACAACUCCCUAAAAGAACCCAAUAUAUUAGAAUGAUUCCUGGUGAGAGUGAACGAAUAAUCGACGCGGAAACAACUCUCACGUUGACGUGCGUCUACGCCUUUGAAAACGAAAAUCAAAGGAACACGUUCAAUUUUUCGUGGGAAAUUCCGGAUUACAUAACAAAAUAUGCUGAAUUGAGCGACUUGGACAACCGCCUUCGCAAAACUUUUGGAAGGAAUGAGACUCACAUGACAUCGACGUUGUCUCUGACAAACGCAAGAGCCAGAGACACUGGAAACUUUGGUUGCAGGGGAAUCCCGUACGGAUUUCCAAACACAUUUACAGUCAAUCAAUACGUCUAUGUUUUCAAUGAUACAGAACUCGUGAUAGUCGAGGAUAACGAAUUUUACGACAUCGUCAUUCCACACGGUGAAAUUAAUUACCCAAUCAUGUGCAAACCAACUCAUCCGGAUGUGUACGUUUCUCUCAUCUCCCAACAGCAGUACACAGCAAAAGGGCAAAACUGGCUCGAACCCAAAGUGGGUUUCAAUCAGAGUGAUUUGCUGUCAGAUCCGAAUUCAAAUUGGUCUUUCGAAAAAAGGAAUGGACUAAAACUCAAGAAAUCGAAGAUUGACGACAAUGGCAAGUUCAAUUGCAUAGGGACCUAUGCAAAUGAGAAACAUACACGUGAUUUAUUUUUGUUUAUUGCUGGAAUGGAACUCGCAAGAAUUGAUGGCGUAGGUGACCCUUUGGAAGGAAGUAACGUUACUUUAAGCUGCCGAACUUACCAAUAUACCGCGUCCUCUACUCCACCAAUAUGGUCCUACCAAAUCAACGGAAACAGACAAAUGCAAAUAAUUGAGGAAAUGAAUCCAUCUGAAGGUAUUAAAAUAGCAAGUGAGAAAUUUGACUAUAGCAGUAAAACUCUGUACGAAAAUCAACUUUACAUUUCCGACAUAAGUCCAAAUGCCUAUACGUUUCAAUGCCAAGGAAGUGGAUUCACUGAAAAAAUUUCAUUUCGCGCUAAAAAAUUAAAUGGCGACUCAAAGCUUAAAUCUGUUAAACUUGAGAAUGAUAUCGCUCAAAACUUAACUUGCUUUCAAGGAUCUCAGAAUACUCGCAUCAAAUGGUUUAAGGAUGGGAAAGAAUAUUCAGGACAAGUUCACUCUGAUAGCACUUUGUCAAUCUUGCCGCUGCAAGGAAAGAUGGGGGAAAAUGGAAGCUACACUUGUCAGUGGAAAGUCGGCUUUCCAGGUGAUGUGAAAUACAGGAAUUUCACGGUUUCUUACAUCGAUAGAAUUUCAGAAAAUGACAAGCCUGUCAUCAUCGCCGUUUCUACAACAUUUGCAUUUUUACUAUUGAGUUUAAUUAUUGUCAUUGGAGUUAAAUUUUAUUUCGACAAGAAACGACGAGUUUCACAGGACGCGCUAAUUAAAUUGCUGAAUGGAAAUGCCAAUCAAAUUAAUAACCAGUCACCAAUAGAAGACCAGGUAGAGUUCCUACCCUAUGAUAGACGCUGGGAAUUUCCAAGAAGUCGACUGAAACUCGGAGUUCAGCUCGGAGCUGGUUGCUUUGGCCGUGUAGUCAAAGCGGAAGCAGUGGGACUUAAAGGGUCUGAAGAAAGUAUCAAAACGGUGGCCGUCAAAAUGGUUCGGUCGGAAGCCAACGUCUCCGCAAUGGAAGCUCUCAUCAGUGAACUAAAAAUCCUCGACUACUUGGGAUCGCACCUCAACGUCGUCAAUCUGCUGGGAGCUUGCACCAAGCAACUACAUAAAGGAGAACUUUUGGUGAUCGUUGAAUAUUGUCGGUUCGGAAAUUUGCAAACGUUUUUGAUUAACCACAGGCCCAAUUUUGUUAAUUUGAUGGAUGAGUUUGGGAACCUGAAAAUGCAAGACGAAAUGGAAAGUAACAACUUCACCAGGCCAAAAAGGGUAGAAAUCCUAUCGCUAGUCAAACCGAGCGAUUUGCAAGCUGAUGAUCAUCCUGGCGUGAAUUCAUCCUCUGAAAUUUUGGAUUUUUCAAAUUCCAACCUACAAGAUCUGGACGGAAACUUAGAUCGGCCGAUUUCAACAACAGAUCUCAUUUCUUGGUCUUUUCAAAUAGCCCGAGGAAUGGAUUACCUGGCUAACAAAAAGGUUCUCCAUGGGGAUCUGGCCACCCGAAAUAUUCUACUCGCUGACGAUGGAGUUGCAAAAGUGGCCGACUUUGGAAUGGCGAAGAAAAUGUAUUACGAAGUCAAUUACGAAAAAGGCGGACAAGGACUGAUGCCGGUUAAGUGGAUGGCGAUUGAAUCCUUGAUUGAUCGCAUCUUUUCCAGUCAAUCCGACGUGUGGUCGUACGGAAUUGUCCUUUGGGAAAUCUUUUCUUUGGGCCAAGUUCCCUAUCCAGGCAUGGAUGUCGGUCACGUACUCAUGAAAGAAAUUCUAAAAGGAUAUCGGAUGGACAAACCGGAACUGGCGCCCAACUUCUUCGGUGAAAUGAUGGCCGAUUGCUGGAAAUCGGAUCCGAAAGAGAGACCCACCUUCAGUCAAAUGGAGGAGAUUAUCUGCAGCCACAUGGAGUCGUCGGUCAGCUCGGACUAUUUUAAUAUGAACGCGUCAUAUGCCAAGCUCAACGAAGAAAAGGAGAACGCAACGCCAAAGGAUCAUUUUGGAUUGGCCAAGUUGCUGAGAGAAAAGCCUGGAACUCAAUUUAAGAGGAGCGCAACGGCACGAAAUUCGAUGUUUCCUAUGCGGUUUUCAAAAAGAGAAAACUGCUAGUAAACUUAGAAAACUGCUAGUAAUAAUCAAUUAUUUAUAGGUACAGAGCCAUUCUCGCUAAUAUGAAAUCAUUGUGUUAUUUGCUUAUCAUUUGUUUGUUUUUUCCCUUUACGUGGGACGGUGGGAGAAGGGACAGCAGUUAUGUCUAAGAUAUCACUUUACAUAUUUUAAAAUUUACUGCUUGAUACAGAUAUACAGUCGCCGACGUAAUUGAUUAUUCACGCUGAAGUAUUGUGUGCUUUAACUGAUAUUAUUUUAAAAUGUUUCAUCAACGGAAAAAUCGGUGUGGGGGUGGGCAACAAUAUGGUUGCGCUUGCGCUUUUUUGGGCCACGAAAAGGGAGCGUUUCACUUCUCGACGUUUUUUUUUUUGUUUUUGGUCAAAUUUUCUGCGAUUGCUUCACUUAAGUUUGUGAAGAGAUAUGAGCGUAGUUCUCAUAUUUUAUUGUAAAGCUGAUUGUUGUCUCUAGGCCUACGUACUGACUCUUAAAUUUUAACAUAACAUAAUUAAUUCCGAAAACUGUAUGUGAAAUUGAUGUGCAAAGUUUUGGCAACUGUUUCUGCAACAGUGCUUGACCGUUGCGUGUGAUGGACGUGGUGACAAGUUGACAACCAGAGGUGGUGAUUUCUCAGACAUCUAAUGGAGCGGGAUCGAUUUCUUCUUCGGUAUGUCGUCAUUUGUUCAGAUAUUGUGAAUACUAUCACCUUCCCCAAAUAAAUCUCCUUACAUUGAAGAUGAAUUAGAUGGUUUCGCUGAGCUUUGUUUAGCGUGGGCCGUGGGGAGUGGCCGAGUGGAAGACCUUAUUGGGUAAAAUCACGAGAACUGAUUAUAAUUUACCAAAUGUUAGAAAUGUUUUCUUGUGCCUUUCAUUGGUUAAUGAAGAAUAAGUUAGAUUAUAACCUAAUGUGAACUACCUGAUGCUGUUACAGCUAAGUCAAUCUCAAUAGUUUAAUAUUGAAUUUAUUUAAACUAAUUAAAAAUCUGGAUGGGAGAUAUAUUUAAAUUAUAGGCACAGAAUGCAGAGUCAGAAAUGAAAUACUUGUUUCUAUUUACAGAAAACUCAAAACUUAACGGAAAACUGGUCCGGAAACGUGCACUUGGCUGCAAUAGAAAUCAGAGAGAAAUAGCAGAACAAAACCAAAUGUGGUCGUCGUGUGUGAACAUUGGGUGUCGCAACUCCCCAUGCUCUACGUGACUCCACUCAUGCUGUUUCUAAGAUUUCAGGUCUGAGCCAGCCAUCAUAACCACGAUAUGUGCAAGUUUGGAUACUGACCUGUCAUCAUCAGUGAUCUCAGCAUCAUCAAUUAGGUUAUGGUAUUGGUAUUGGUAUUGGUUAUUUUGUUAACCUGUGGCUUGCCGUUGCCAUAUAUUUUAAUGGUGCCUGAAACUAAAAGGGUAUUGCACGUAAACCUUAAGUAAUCCUGAUUUUAACAUAUCCACUGUCUUCUUUCUAACUUUUCCUUACUUGUUGUCUAUGCAAUAUUUUUUUUGUAACUCAUUUUUUAAAUUUUUGUGUAGAUAAACAGCUCCUAGCUUAAUUGGGAAAACUCUGUCCUGCCUGGCGUCAACUUUGCAGAGGAUGGAGCACUUUUGGGGAUGCCUGGCUGUGGAUUUCCUGGGCUCAAAGGUGAUGGGCACGGCAGAGUUUCCGCUCAACAUAACGUGGAUUUCGACGGCGUGCCGAUGAGCUUCGGAUUUCCCGCGACCUUGUGUGAUUGGCCUUUGAUGCACUCGCAAGUGACUCCCGUGAAUACCGUGCCUGCACUAAAGUGCACAGCUGCUGCCUGCUGGUACUAGAAGUUGCAAACUUGUCAGGACGUAAAGAUGACUGUUCGGAAUAGCCCAAUCAACUAAUUCGCAACUGCUGUUUUAAGAAAACUGAACGGAUCACUGAUCAGGAACUGGCUGCAAGAGAAACCAAAUCAGAGAGAAAUAACAGAACAAAAUCAAAUGUUGUAGUCGUCGUGUGAACAUAUUUGAUUUCGUGACUCCCCAUGCUCUCCACUCAUGCUGUUGCUCAGAUUUCAGGUCUGAGCCAGCUGUCAUAUUAAACUACAAGAUGUGCAAGCUCUGAUACUGACCUGCCAUUACCAACAAUCUCAACAUCAUCAAGUGGAUAAACAGCUUCUAGCUUAAUUAGAAAAACUAUGUCCUCGUGUACAGUGUACACCCAUGUGAAGGCGAGUGUAUGUACGUGUAUGUACGUUGACCUCCUUUUCCUGUCCUGCCUGGCGUCAACUUUACUGAAGAUGAAGCACUUGUGGAUGACUGGGCUGUGGAUUUCCCGGGCUCAAAGAUGAACUAGCAAGUGACUUCUGGAAUACCGUGCCUACACACUUGCACAGCUGCUGGAUCGUGAAGUUGCAAACUUGCCAAGGCGUAGAUGAUGACUGAUCGUAGCCUAAUCAAAUAAUUCGUAACUGCUUUUUUAAGAAAACUGAUCGAAUCACUGGUCUGGAAAGACGUACCUGGCUGGGCUGCAAGAGAAAUAGCAGAACAAAAUCAAACGUGGUCGUGGUGUGAAUUUUGGUGUCCUGUCGUUGACUCCCCAUGCUCUUCAGCUGUUUCUCAGAUUUCAGGCCUGAACCAGCCAUCGUAACCACAAGAUGUGCAAGUUUUGAUACAGACUUCCAUCAUCAACGAUCUCAGCAUCAUCAAUUGGAUAAACAGUUCCCAGUUUAAUUGGAAAAAAAUCUGUCCUCGUGUAACCCAAUGUGUUAAGGCGAGUGUAUAUUCAACCCCCUUUUCCUAUCCUGCCUGGCGUCAACUUGACUGAGGAUGGAGCAUUUGUGGAUGCCUGGCUGUGGAUUUCCCGGGCUCAAAGAUGAACUCGCUGCCGUCUCUCCGUGAGUUUUGUGCCUGCACAGCUGCCGGUACGUGAAGUUGCAAACUUGUCAAGGCGUAAAGAUGACUGAUCGGAAUAGCCCAAUCAAAUAAUUCGUGACUGCUGCUUUAAGAAAACAGAACGAAAAGUCAACGAAUUAAAUAACUAGUGUGAAAACGUGUAAUUGGCUGCAAAAGAAAUAGCAGAACAAAAUCAAAUGAUGGUCGUCGUGUGAAGUUUGGUGUCGUCUGUCGUUGCUCUCCACUCCAUGCUGUUUCUCAGAUUUCAGGCCUGAGCCAGCCAUCGUAACCAGAAGAUGGGCAAGCAUGUGCAAGUUUUGAUGCAGACCUAUCAUCACCACACCAACGAUCUCAGCAUCAUUAAAUGGAUAUUAAAGCAGCCCCAAGAUUGAUUGGAAAAACUCUGUCCUCGUGUUCACCCAAUGGGAAGGCGAGUGUAUAUUCACGAUGACCCCCUUUUCCUGUCCUGCCUGGCGUCAACUUUUCUGAGGAUGAAUCACUUGUGGAUGCCUGGCUGUGGAUUUCCCGGGCUUGAAGAAAACUGAACAGAUCACUGGUCUAGAACUGGCUUGCAAGAGAAAUCAGAGAGAAAUAGCCGAACAAAAUCAAAUGUGUGAACUUCUUUGGUGUGACUCUCCAUGCCCUCCAUCCAUGCUGUUGCUCAGAUAUGUGAAAUGUUGGUGCCUGGUGCCUAACUACAGAGACUAGCAUUUAUCAUAUUUCAGGCCUGAGCCAGCCAUUGUAACCACAAGAAGUGCAAGUUCUGAUACUGAGCUGUCGUUACCAACAAUCUCAGCAUCAUAAAUUGGAUUAUGGCAUUGGUUACUUUUAUUAACCUGUGAACUGCCGCAUAUUUUAAUGGUGCCUGAAAACAAAUGGGUAUUACACAUAAACCUUAAAUAAACAGCUCCAAGUUUAAUUGGAAAAACUCUGUUCUCACUCAAUAACUCUGGCUGGCUUUAGAUUUCCUGGGCUGAAAGAUAAACUCGCAAGCGACUCCCGUGAAUACCGUGCCUGCACAAAAGUGCACAGCUGCUGCCUGCUGGUACUGCAAGUUGCAAACUUGUCAGGGCGUAAAGAUGACCGUUCGGAAUAGACUAAUCAACUAAUUCGCAACUGCUGUUUUAAGAAAACUGAACGGAUCAUUGAUCAGGAACUGGCUGCAAGAGAAACCAAAUCAGAGAGAAAUAACAGUCGUCGUCGUGUGAACAUAUUUGAUGUCGUGACUCCCCAUGCUCUCCACUCCAUGCUGUUGCUCAGAUUUCAGGCCUGAGCCAGCCAUCGUAACUACAAGAUGUGCAAGUUCUGAUACUGUCAGUCUGUCUGCAACAAUCUCAGCAUCAUCAAUUGGGUUAUGAUAAGCAGCCCCAAGUUUAAUGGGAAAAACUCUGUCCUCGUGUACAGUGUACACCCAUGUGAAAGGCCAGUGCAUCUUCACGAUGACCCCCUUUUCCUGUCCUGCCUGGCGUCAACAUUACUGAGAGGAUAAAGCACUUGUGGAUGCCUGGCUGUGGAUUUCUCGGGCUUGAAGAAAGAAGAACGGAUCACUGGUCUGGAAACGUGUACUUGGCUGCAAGAGAAAUGUAGCUGAACAAAAUCAAAUGUGGUCGUCGUGUGAACAUAUUUGAUGUCGUGACUCUCCAUGAUCUCUACCCUAUGCUGUUUCUCAGAUUUCAGGCCUGAGCCAGCCAUCGUAAUCUGAUCGUAAUCACAAGAUGUGCAAGUCCUGAUACUGCAGUCUGUCAUUAGCAACCAUCUCAGCAUCAUCAAUUGAAUUAUGGUAUUGGUUACUUUUGUUAACCUGUGACCUGCUAAUGGUGCCUGAAACUAAAAUUACACCCAACCAGCUCCCAGUUUAAUUGGAAAAUUUCUGUCUUCGUGUACACCCAAUGGGAAGGCUGUAUAUUCAUGAUUACCCCCUUUUCCUGUCCUGCCUCGCGUCAACUUUACUGAGGAUGAAGCGGAUGGAGCACUUGUGGAUGCCUGGUUGUGGAUUUCCCGCGUCAAAAG